AGUAUCCAAUCUAAACCACUAAGGAGAUGAACAAGCAUGUGUACUGAUAAAUUCCGUCUAAAUCUUGAAACAGUGCGUAGGUAACAUAGAAUAAUAUUUGUUUAUAAUGUCAUGCAUUAUGUGAGAGGAAUUAUGGAAGUAAUUCCCAAUCGUAGUGCCCAUACUUUUCUACCUAUUAUACAAAGGUGGGUCGUUCCUGGCAGUACUAUUCAUACAGGCGAAUGGGCCGGAUGUAGUCGGCUAUCAGAUUUGGGUUUCAUCCAUCAUCAAGUCAGUUAUGUAGAUGAUUUUGUCGAUCCUGUUACUGGAAUCUAUACUAAUUCAAUCGAGAGCUUUCGACGAAGGCUGGAAAACAGGAUGAGAGCGAUUAAAUGGGUCACAAAAAGGACUCGUCCUCAAGUCACCUCGGCGAAUAUAUGCACUGAACCUGGUUUAACUUAAUAACUGAAGGUGAUAUUUUUAAUCCACGUCAGGGAAAUUAUCCUGUUGAAUGUAUUUUAUUGUCAUUCUUAGUACUUCUUUUGCAAAUAAGCGUCCUGUUUAUGUAGAAACCUGAUUGGGCGUCUCCAGGUCAGUCGUGAGUCCGUGUUCCAUGGAUCGCUAUAGUUUAACUUUGCCGGGUCACUUGUAGUGUAAACUCGGUAAAGUGAAUGCUUGUACGUCACUCAGAGCAGCACUGGAUGAUUCCCCGUUUUGAAUGACUAUUCCUAUGGUAAUGUUAAUUCACGUGACUUGACAAUUCGAAGUAGGCAUAUAUGUGCAAGGAAUUUUCGUCCU